AUGGCAGCCGUACCCUUAACACUGGACAUAUUACAAACGCCACCCAGCCGGUCUCCUUUAAUGUCACCACAAAUCGUGACAAUGUCUGAAACAUCUACAACAAAUGAACGGCCAUCUGUGUUGGCAUUGGCAAAUGGGUCAUCAUCAUCACCGCAGCAUUCCAAAGUGUCGCCGACCUGCAACACACCAAACCAUGGUGGCAACAUUUCACCUGCCAUUGGCAGUUUGACGCCCUCAUUUCUACCCGAGAUGCCGCAAUGGAAACGUGACCUUAUCCAAAGACGCAAACAAAAUGUACAACGUACCAUAAGUGCAUCAUCGCCACAAUCUCCAGCAGCAGCAUCAAUGGUCGCUGGGGCUGCUGGUGGCUUAAGAAACUCGACAUCUUCAUCAUCGGUGCGUUCAUUUGCCGGCAGCAACAGCAAUAUUGACCAACUUGCAUCAGAUGGUUUACAUUCCCCUACCAAAGAUUUUAAUAAAUCAUCAUCGCCAUCGACAGCAACAACAGCAAAGGCAGCAACAACAGCAAAAUUGUUUGGAGGUCAAUAUACAGCAAUAACCGAAGCUCCAACUUCAGCAAGAACAACAACAGCAGCAGCAACAGUUAAUACCAAAGACGAGAUCACCACCACAAAAGAUCCAACAACAGCCAAAGAAAUAACAACAAAAGGUAGAACAGCAAUCAGCCGAACUGCUCUAGGAGAGGAAGACGACAACGGCGAAGAUAUACACAACAGCAUUACAACUUCUGGCAUAAAACAACAACAACAAUUGGCAACCCGUUUAACGGGUUCUUCUUCAUCAUCGUCAUUGUUGUCGUCGUCGGCUUCGUCCACAUCAACAUCAACAAUGAUUGGUAGUGGUGCAACAACAACAGGCACCACAUCGACUCAACUAAACAACAAGAGAGAACUGAGCAGUAGUUGUGCUGUGGAGAGAGAGACCCAACACAGCGGCCAUCAACAACAAGCGGGUCUCAUCAACAUAACUGGAGCAAAUAAUGGUUCGGCAAAUCAGUCGUCGAGUAAAUGCGAGAGUGAACGUUUACAAGUGGUAAACAAAACAAAAAUAAUAAAGACCAUAAAAACAACAGCGGAUUUGAAAUCCCCCACCAAGACGACUACUCUGUCCACGUCUUCAUCUUCAACAUCGUUUGCCUCGUCGACCAACAACAGCAGCAGCGGCAGUAACUGUGCUGCAAUCAAAAAGAAAAUGGUGGCCAUGCAAGAAAUGAAGAAAUCCACCCAGAACUCUGCCACACAUUUGCAUCAUUCCACAUGCGGCAGUGGCGGCAACGCCACCAACAAUGGUGCCUCGGUCACCUCCAAUGGUCGCAGUAAUCGUAUGGGAGUUGGUGGCGGUGUCAUCAGUUCACAGAACUCCAACGAUUUGGAUUCCAACGAGGAUUUAAGCUAUGGCCCUGGUAUUGUGUCGAAGCUGCGUUGUCGCUAUCUGAGCCUGGCUCUGCGUGAGUCCAUGGAGCAACAGCGUCUUAACAAAGAUCUUCUGCGCCGUUCAACCAGUUUAAAUAAUCUACUGGAUGAUGAUCGUGCCGAGGAAGAAGAAGAGGAGGAGGAAGAAGACGAUGAAGAAAACAUUGAAAAUAUCGAUGUUGGUGGCGGCCAAGCCGGAGACCAAUCGCAGAACACAAUUUCAAGUUUUACGCAGAAAAAAUCGGGUAUUCUAAAGAAUUCGUAUUCCCCGCAGGAAAAACGUUUCUCUCAGGGUUCGAAUGGGGUGGGAGUAACCUUUACCGAAACCUCAUCGUUUAACAAACGUUCGCGUCACUUAAAACGCGGUAAUGAUUCGUUGAAACGCGCUCGUUCCGUCGAAGCUUUGCUCAGUGAAAAAUCGCCAUGGCAGGGCCAACGUAUGGCCGCCAGUGUAACACCCACCUGUGUGACCAUUGAGGAUAAAAUUCAAAAUGCCCGUGAGCGUUUGCACCAGGGCACCGAUCACAUGCCGCCCAAGCGCUUGACCUCCAUCAUCGAUGACACCGAAAGGCCACCACCGGAUUUGGUCAAACAGACCCUCAAAAUGUUUGAGGCCAAUGCCAAUCGUCGACCCCGCAACACCAAUCGUUCCAAUUCGAAGGGCGAGGUGGCCAGCAAAGUGGAAACAUUUAAGAACAUUAUCAAAGAUCAAAAGCCGGUGGUAAGUUAUCCCAAGCCAUUGAGUCCCACCAAGAAAUUGGGCGGCGGUGGCACUCCCAAUUUAGUGAAGCCAACAUUGAAAUCAUCUUCAGAUCUGCAACAGACACCUUUGGGCCGCAAAACAAUGGCUGCAAUCAAUAAUUCGCAUGGCGGUGUUGGUUCGGAGCCAAAGGCAAAUACCUUGUCAGAGCACACACCAGAUAUUAUUCCCCGACAGAAAUUGCAUUCGGAAAGAGAACAACACAACAGCAAAGAGAAAUACUCAAUGGGCAUAAAUAAAGAGAAGUUUAUGAACUCUCUGAUGGAGACACCGCUCUCCACAACUGGAAGUGGGGCUGUGGUGGAUUCGCCCCUUAAGAGCACUGCCAAAGACAGAUUUCUUGCCUCCAUGGUGGAUUCGCCGGUUACAGCUCUUUCCAAAGAGCUGGAGAGAAUGAAACUGAGCGAUAGCAACUCACCGUCGCCAGUAACAGCUGGCGGAAAAAGCGAUAACUUGAAAAACGAUAACUUGUCGUCGGGUCGUAGUGUAGGAGACGGAAGUGAGGCUAGCGGUAGUGUAGGAGGUGUUGAUAUUGAUGGCGGUGUUAGUAGUGGUGGUGGUGAUCGUAGCGGCGCCGACGACAACAGAAAGGUUGAUGACGCAUUCCACAACAACGACGACUACGACGGCGACAAUCAAUGCAACAACAAAACAGCCAAGCCAGGAGAAGAAGAAGCAGCCGAAGUGAAUACAAAUGAAUUCAGCAGCUCUCUUAAAAGCGAAAACGAUAAGAUUAAGCAACAACAGCAACAAAUCAACAAUGAAACAACAAUACAAUCGAACUCCACCGCCGCCGCCACCACAACCCAAGUCGUUCCCUCUCAGGCAACGAACGAAGCAACGGUUAAGAAGGCUCAUAGUGCACACGGCAGUAGUGAUUUAAGUGAUGGUGAAGACGACGACGAAUACGGUAUUCCAACGACAAAACGUAUAACGCGCGCCGCCUUGGAUAAUAUAGCCAAAGCCGGAACCACACAACAAUUUAAAUUCUCAAGUAAUACAUCAUCAUCCCAGUCCAGCAGCAGUAGCAGCACCACAACAUCUGUAGCUGGUAAACAGAUCGGUGUAAUAAGGCCACUACAAAGUAACACCUCCACCUCCUCCUCCUCCUCCAAUACAGCCAAUAACAGCAGUAACAUGGAGGCACUGAAGCAUUCCUCCACCACCACAACAUCGUUGCUGACCUCAAGGGAAAUUGAGAAAAAUCGUAUAAAUGAUUUAAAGAAAUCGUCAUCAUCGUCAACGGUAGUAACAUCAUCAUCAUCGUCGUCAUCUUCCACAUUGGCCUCCUCAGCUAGUCUUGAUGUGAUUAAGUCCUCCAGUAAUAGCACCACAGCAUCUGGUGGUGGUUUCACAGAAGUUGAUACAGUUAUCAGUGCUACAAAUAGCCCCCUGUGGGCAAUGCGCAAACGACGUCAAAAUCCUCCCGCACCACCAGCCGAACAGACAUCGAUGGUUUUCAAUUUCUCCAAUCGCAAGGAAGUACCCGAUUAUAUAGAAAAUGAUGGAGUUAUAUUUAGACGUAAACGUGAAUUACCAAAGCCAAACGAAUCCGGUUUUGUGUUAUUGGGUGAUCUCUCAGUAGAAACAUCAACCGAUUUGGAUUAUGAUGACUUCUCAAUGUGUCCACCCUCACCAUGUGAUGUUGAAUUUGUUAAUGCUAAUAUUGUGAUUGAUGGUAAAUCAAGUAUUCGACAGAAACCCAAAGAUGCAACGUUCCGUGUACAAUUUAAUGAUACUCUCACAUCAACAUUUGAAUAUCCCUCCGAAGCCUCAUUAAUUGUGGAUGAUUCAUUUUCUUCGGUAUCUGGAGAAACGGAAUUAAACCAAACAUUUCAGAAUUUAGUUUUAGAAAAUUCCAUACCCUUGCAUCAUGUUGCCGAUGAGAUUAUUCAACUGCCAACAACAAACGAAAGUACUAAUUCACCUGCCAAUACAACAGCCACCAAAAAUAUUUUAGGCAAUUUACCAUUAGGUUCAGCACCACUUGGUUUCUACACGCCUAUGAAAGCACCCAUUGAUAGACUUUUUCAACUUGGUGUAACACGGGCCCCAGCCUUAGAAUGCACCACAAAUGGUGAUGGUAUUGGUGAUGGUGGUCUAUUAAAUGGCAAGGCUAGCAGUGAUAUUGAUGGCGAACAAGAACCAGAAAGUCUGCAGUAUAUAAAACCAGCAGAUGAUGAUCUCAACAUAGCCUACAGUGAGAGUACCCAAAAGACCGAUUUGUUAUACUAGAAAUAAAAACA